CUGUCCGGAGGUCGGAUUCGGCCAGCCAUAGCCAUUGACGACCCGGACAGAGGUGGGCACUCCAGCGUCGGAAGCUCGAGCCCCUCCGGCAACGGUUGCUACGGGCGGCGCGGAUCUCGUACUGGCCUGUCUGACGCGAUAGAAGCAGGCGGAGGUGAGCAAGAGGGCCGAGUUGAACGCCAUCAGCUCCCAGAGCAUCACUUUGCGUUGGAUGUUGAGCCCAAUCAUGACGGUCAGAUACCAGCAGACGAAACUGGUCAGGCUGUAGGCGGUGAAGAGGUGGGUGCCAUCCAGUUGCGUCGAGGGCUGAGAGCCUGGGACGCUGAAAAAGCGAAGGAGCAGACAAGAUCGUGA